AUGGUGGACCCAUCGCCUCUUCACAGCGGCCAUUACCGCGCUACGCGGCCGCACCUGGUCCGCCUGAAUCCAAAUUUCGUCGAGGACUUUUGGGAGUACAUUGGCCACACUCCCACCAUCUCCAGAUUCUACCCACAUUUCCUAGCCCCGCAGGCAUACAGAGCGCGGCAGCGGGUGCUUGAUGCUAUCAAGCGGUGGCACGCGUAUGCGAGAGAACACUCGGACUACCGUCAAAACGGGCCUGAGGACCCGGACUGGGACGAGUACUGGGGCAGCAAGUGUCUCAAGGUCAGACAGCAGUGGGGUCAGGAUACUGGUGAGAUGGACGAUGAUGCUCUGGCGAGCGACGACUUGGCCGUGAUCACAGCGACGAGCGCGAACGCCCUGCCCGCAUCCUUCUGGAAUCUCAUUGAGAUCUACAACGACCGCAAUCUCCUGGGCCGAGUCCAGCACACGUUAUCAGAGACUACCGUGGCCAGCGACGGCAACACAGCCGCCGAGACCCUCCCACUCCGCUUCGACCUGGCGCACACCCUGUCCUCCCCCCUCCUGCAGUCCGUCUACGCAGAGGUCCUCCGCCAGCGUGUCUCGCUCUUCCACAACCGCGCCCCCACCGUGGGCGACUACAAGCUCGGCCCCUUCACGCUGCGCAACGGCGGCCUUGUGUGCGUGCCCACCAACAUCGCGCACAACUCCGAGAAGGCCUGGGGCCCCGGCCGCACCGAGCGCCCGCUGGGUGAGUUCUGGCCGGAGCGCUUCCUCGUCCCGGCGGACGGCAAGGAGGGCGAGGGGAACCCCGACACCGCCGAGGUCCGCUUCUCGACUGAGGGCCUCGACGGCGCCUGGAUCCCUUAUGGUGGUGGCGCGUUGAUGUGUCCCGGUCGGCAUCUGGCAAAGAUCAAAAUGCUCGGGAGUGUUUCUGUGUUCUCCGCGUAUUUCGAUAUGGAGGUUCUCAAUGGUGCGCCAUGUAUGGAUGAUGCUUUCUUUGGGAUGGGCUCACAGCCCCCUGGGGAGCCUGUUCCUGUGCGGCUGCGCAGGAAGGUUGGAGACGUUGGGGUUUCAGCUUCUGGACGGAAGAACAGGGCGCCGUCUGUGUGGUUUUUUCACGAGCAGUAUCAUUGA